AAAAGGAAUUGUAUUUUAUGUCCGCUAUCCAGAACCUCCACUCUUUCGACCCCUUUGCUGAUGCAAGUAAGGGUGAUGAUCUGCUUCCCGCUGGCACUGAGGAUUAUAUCCAUAUAAGAGUUCAACAGAGAAAUGGAAGGAAGACCCUUACUACUGUCCAAGGGAUCGCUGAUGAUUACGAUAAAAAGAAACUAGUGAAGGCAUUUAAGAAGAAAUUUGCCUGCAAUGGUACUGUAAUUGAGCAUCCAGAAUAUGGAGAAGUGAUUCAGCUACAGGGUGACCAGUGCAAGAACAUAUGCCAGUUCCUUGUAGAGAUUGGAUUGGCUAAGGACGACCAGCUGAAUGUUCAUGGGUUUUAAGUGCUUUUGGCUCACUGAAGCUUAAGUGAGA